UUUGCGAGUGGUUAGCUCCAGAACUCGGCCGCUGGCAAAGGGGAGGCGAGGGAUCAAAGUCCAUGGAAAAGUCGGCCUGCUUGGGUAGGUACCUCGCUCGACACACACUGAGCAGCCCGCGUCUGGGUAGCUUAAUCGUCUGCUACUUGAGUCUACAUACUGACACUGUGUGCUGAGGCAACGAGAGCAAUAUGCAGCAAGCUACAGCAUGCUUGAUGGCUCGUCUGGUGUCUAAAGAGCAACAGAUGCUGAGGCACUUCAGACAACUCUUCGAUCAGAAAGCACUGCUUCAGAACCUCAAUUGCCAGUCAAAGUGUCAGCCCCAGAUUUCACUUCAGAAAACUCACCUGAGAUGCUUGAGUACAGACAUCAAAAGAGUCUCGCCAGCUAAUAUCCUGAGUCCUGUGCCUGAUAUCAACAUUCCAAAUGUGUCUUUCGCAGAAUUUAUGUUUUCUAAGUGGGAUGAAUUCAAAGAUGACCUUGCUGUUGUGGACUACCCCACGAAGCGGCAGUAUACAUAUCGACAGCUGAAAGAAUACUCCAUAAAGGUGGCUAGUGCCUUGUACAAGCAAGGCUACCGCAGCGGUGAUGUUAUUGCAUCCUUCACCAUCAAUUUGCCAGAGUUCACCAUCCUUUUCGCAGCAGCUUCAGCCCUGGGGGUUGCCAUCAGUCCAGUUAACCCCAGCUACACAGCUUCAGAACUAAGCCGACAGCUAUGCCACAGCCAUGCAAAAGGUGUGUUUACCAUUCCCCAGCUGCUUCCUGUAGUGACAGAUGCCAUCAGAGACUGUAACCUGCCCCAUGAUGUCAAGGUGUACACGUUCGGCCAUGCAGUGGAUGGUGCCCAGUUCUUUGGAUCAUUGAUGGAAGAUGACGGAAAAGACUUUCCAGAAAAUGUUGACAUUGAUCCUGCAAAACAUGUGCUGACUUUGCCUUACUCUAGUGGAACCACUGGGCUUCCCAAGGGUGUUAUGCUUUCACACCGAAACAUAAUAUCAAAUCUUCUACAAAUAGGUACUCUGAUGGAUGUUGUCCGAGGUGACCGAACAGUGGGACUACUGCCAUUCUUCCACAUAUACGGCAUGGUGGUCGUUCAGUUUGCCUCCCUGAUGGCAGGCAGUCAGAUGAUAACUGUUCCACGCUUUGAGCCAGAACUUUUCCUAAAUGUUCUCGAGAAGGAAAAGAUCACUUACAUAAAUAUUGUGCCUCCUAUUGUUGUAUUCCUUGCCAAACACCCCUUGGUCUCCAAGUUUAAUUUAUCAACCCUGCGAUGGCUCAUCAGUGGGGCAGCGCCCCUGGGAGAAGACUUGACUAAAGAAUGUCAGGAAAGAAUUGGCUGUCCCAUCUAUCAAGGUUAUGGUCUGACGGAAACAUCACCAGUCCUCAACUUUGACAGGGCUCCUGGACAUCCAGGCACCAUUGGAUGGCUUGUACCCAAUACUAUUGCAAAGUUGGUUGACGUAGAGACGGGGAAACCAGUUGAGAUUGGCCAGUUGGGAGAAUACUGCAUAAAAGGGCCACAGCAAAUGUUGGGUUACCUCAACAACCAGGAAGCCACAGAUGAUAUGGUGGACAAAGAUGGCUGGCUGCAUACAGGUGAUCUGGGAUAUUUACGAGAAGAUGGAAUGGUUGUUAUUGAAGAUCGUCUCAAAGAGCUCAUCAAGUACAAAGGAUUUCAGGUUCCACCAGCUGAGCUGGAAGGACUUCUGUUGACUCAUCCUGCAGUCCAGGACGCUGCAGUCAUUGGUGUCCCUGACAGUGAAGCAGGAGAAUUGCCAAGGGCUUACGUGGUACUGAAACACAAUGCAUCUGCUGAAGCUGAGGACAUAAUCAAGUUUGUUGAAGGCAAAGUGGCUCCAGCUAAAAGGCUACGCGGAGGAGUUGAGUUUCUUAACGAGAUUCCAAAAACUGCAAGUGGAAAGAUUCUGCGAAGGCAGCUUAAAGCAAACAUCCUGCAAUCAUCAUGAUAUUCUGUAAUGCAAUCAUCCACAGCCAAGAAUCUAUGAAACAUUUGGUCUUUCAGAAAAUAAAAACAAGUAAAUUUGUAAUAUACCCUUCCAGAAACAGAACUAAUGAAAUGGUGUAGACAAACUACACAGAAGAAAUGUAUCAAUGAGCACAAAUCAUUGACUUUGGGAUAUGCUUGCAAACAUAACCUCUUUAGCAUAUAUCGGAACCAUAACCUCAGAAAUUAUCUUAUUCUUGUCCACCACAAAAAACUGUUGACUUAAAAACUGGUGGUGGAGCAAAUAGCUGAGUGGUGAGAGUGCUGGCCUGCAAGCUGAGAGGCACCCAGGUUUGAUAACCGAGUAGUGCAGCUCGCUUCCCCCCAGAUGACCCAGCUGGCAGGAAUGGGUACCUGACUCCAGAAGGUUGGAGACAGUAAGGCAGUGAGGAAGAGGAAAUGGGCAUCAUCCUUAUGUAAAGCUAGACCAAGAAAAGUGAGGUCUCUAACACCUCACUCCCUAACAACCUGGAAAAGGUCAUGGGACAACCUUUUCCUUAACAUCUGCACCACAUCCCAUGUAAAUAACAGUAAGAAGUAACAACAGGCAAUACAUUCCAAAUUACAACUGUGAGAAGACGAGUUAUUAGAGACAACUGAUAAUACAGAUGCUCCAGACAGAAAUGUCUAAACAAAAUUAAAUUGUAUAAUAAUGUGUAGCAAAUGAAAUAGAGUGAGUAAUAUAUAUUUUUUAAUGCACUGUUUUGGGGAAUAUGUUUGGAUUUUCUGCAAUGCAAACUCUGGAGUGUACAGAGUUCUUGAAGGACUGAACAUGCUACAAACAAACUUUCAGUCUGAGGUGAAAUCACUGUUAUCAUAAACUUGGAAGUUGUUUUGGUAAUUAUUAUAGAAUUACUCAGAAAUUUCCUUUUAAUGUCUGUUGCAUUAUGGCCAAAGACCGCUCCAUAUCUUCUUCCCACUGAAUCAUUGCAGGAUGGCCUGUGCAGGAUUCAUCCACCUUGCUGCUUGUUUCUCCAUACAUUUUAACUUUCAUCAGACUACCAUACGGUAGUCUCAUUUUGGUUUAGAUGGCCUCUUCAUGUUUUCAAUUUCUGCACAUAAAAAGUUUUAGUUUUGUUUAUUCCUUGUUACUACUCAAGGAGCACAGGGCUGCAACAAUUGCACAUAAAAAAAACUAUUGUGAAACUCCGUGGAGUUGGGGACGCAAUCGGUUUUCUGCAGUUAGCCAUCAGUUAAGUCACGAAACCAUUUCACUGUUCGAUUGGCUUGAGUUUAUUACCUUUAUCAGUGCUUAACAGAAUUCACAGAAAUGAUUAAAACUAACAUUUUUUUGCAAGCUAGUAA